AGGUUGAAACGCGGUGGCUCAUCAUUCAUUGCGACUGUUUCAAUUGUUGACACUAGUGGCAAGCCGCAUCCUCCAGCUCUUGCAGGGGAAGUCUGACACCUUGAGGACAGGAAAGAGGGUGCCAGGCGCCAAGAGAAAGCGGAGUGGGAGAAGCUUUGAGAGUUGCAGGGGUCUACUUUUUUCCAGUCGGGCGGCGGGCCGCCUGGGUGCUUGUUUACCGGGCUGGGAGCAGGGCAUUCAUUCAAAAGCUGGGUGUCGGAGCGCACUGAAGUCCAACACGCCUGCAGAGCGCGCCCGAAGCCUGGAGGUGUAUCUGGCUUGCAUCCAGGACCACAGGGUGGAUUCUCGCCACCGACUUGGCUGGAUGAUGGCUGGCUGGUGGUGAGCUCCCCUACCCACUGGCUGACCUCAAGCAGCUGGCCCGGUAGGUGGAAGCUCUUCGAGGGUAGCCGAGCUGGGGGACCGAUCGUUAGCUCCUGCCCGCGCGCGGGUCUCCUCCACCUCCAAGCAGUGUGGUGCGUGGGACGCGCAUCUUCCCGGACUAUCCCUUUCCAGCGAGGUCUGCGCGGACCCCGAGCCGGGGAGCCGCCGAGCCGCCGGGGACGGAGGGCGGGCUGCCCUUCUCUGGGCUCAUCCGCUGUCAGCCGUGGGAACUCUUAACUUUAUCCAGCGGGAUCGGCGCGGGAGGGGGUGGGAGAGGUUCUCCUCCCCUGGCGUUCACCUUCCCCUCCCGGCCCGCCCCUCCCCCGCCUCCUAUGGCUUCGCUUUCAGAGCAUCCUCACUCCGCCCAGUUCGGUGCCAGCUGCGUGGGCUCCAGCUUCAUGCGUUUUCCUUGGAAUGCUCCAAAACUCGGCAGCGACUAAGGGAAUUCCAUCGGAAUUUGCCGGGCGUGCUCUUACCCGGCACAGCACCCGCGCCGUCCGUCCUCGGAUCCCAUCACUUCAGCCCGAAGAUUGCAACUUUGCAGAGACAAAGAAAUAGCAUGGCAUGAAACAUGGCUCAAUUCUAUUACAAAAGAAAUGUUAAUGCUCCCUAUAGAGAUCGCAUUCCACUAAGGAUAGUAAGAGCAGAAUCCGAACUCUCACCAUCAGAAAAAGCCUACUUGAAUGCUGUGGAAAAGGGAGAUUAUGCCAGUGUCAAGAAAUCGCUAGAGGAAGCUGAAAUUUAUUUUAAAAUCAAUAUUAAUUGCAUUGAUCCUCUCGGAAGAACUGCUCUCCUCAUUGCCAUUGAAAAUGAGAACUUGGAGCUCAUCGAACUACUCUUAAGCUUUAACGUCUAUGUUGGAGAUGCUCUGUUGCAUGCUAUCAGAAAAGAAGUCGUCGGAGCUGUUGAGCUGUUGUUGAACCACAAAAAACCUAGCGGAGAAAAACAGGUGCCUCCUAUACUCCUUGAUAAGCAGUUCUCUGAAUUCACUCCGGACAUUACACCAAUCAUUUUGGCAGCCCAUACAAAUAAUUAUGAAAUAAUAAAACUCUUGGUUCAGAAAGGGGUCUCAGUGCCUCGACCCCAUGAAGUCCGCUGUAACUGUGUAGAAUGUGUGUCCAGUUCAGACGUGGACAGCCUCCGUCACUCACGCUCCAGACUCAACAUCUACAAGGCCUUGGCCAGUCCCUCUCUCAUUGCACUGUCAAGUGAAGAUCCUUUUCUCACAGCUUUUCAGUUAAGUUGGGAGCUUCAGGAACUGAGCAAGGUGGAAAAUGAGUUCAAGUCAGAGUAUGAAGAGCUGUCACGGCAGUGCAAACAAUUUGCUAAGGACCUACUGGAUCAGACGAGGAGUUCCAGAGAACUGGAAAUCAUUCUUAAUUACCGAGAUGACAAUAGUCUGAUAGAAGAACAAAGUGGAAAUGAUCUUGCAAGACUAAAAUUGGCCAUUAAAUACCGUCAAAAAGAGUUUGUUGCCCAGCCCAAUUGUCAACAACUGCUGGCAUCUCGCUGGUAUGAUGAGUUUCCAGGCUGGAGGAGAAGACACUGGGCAGUGAAGAUGGUGACAUGUUUCAUAAUAGGACUUCUUUUUCCCGUCUUCUCUGUGUGCUACCUGAUAGCUCCCAAAAGCCCACUUGGACUGUUCAUCAGAAAGCCAUUUAUCAAGUUUAUCUGCCAUACAGCCUCCUAUUUGACUUUUUUGUUCCUGCUGCUGCUUGCCUCUCAGCACAUCGACAGGUCAGACUUGAACAGGCAAGGUCCACCACCAACCAUCGUCGAGUGGAUGAUAUUACCGUGGGUCCUGGGUUUCAUAUGGGGAGAAAUUAAACAGAUGUGGGAUGGCGGACUUCAGGAUUACAUCCAUGAUUGGUGGAAUCUAAUGGACUUUGUAAUGAACUCCUUAUAUUUAGCAACAAUCUCCUUGAAAAUUGUUGCAUUUGUAAAGUACAGUGCCCUUAAUCCACGAGAAUCAUGGGACAUGUGGCAUCCCACUCUGGUGGCAGAGGCUUUAUUUGCUAUUGCAAACAUCUUCAGUUCUCUGCGUCUGAUCUCAUUGUUUACUGCAAAUUCUCACCUGGGACCUCUGCAAAUAUCUCUGGGAAGAAUGCUCCUGGACAUUUUGAAGUUUCUAUUCAUAUACUGCCUUGUGUUGCUAGCAUUUGCAAAUGGGCUGAAUCAAUUGUACUUCUAUUAUGAAGAAACGAAAGGGUUAACCUGCAAAGGCAUACGAUGUGAAAAGCAGAAUAAUGCAUUUUCAACGUUAUUUGAGACACUCCAGUCCCUGUUUUGGUCAAUAUUUGGGCUCAUCAAUUUAUAUGUGACCAAUGUCAAAGCACAGCAUGAAUUUACUGAGUUUGUUGGUGCCACCAUGUUUGGGACAUAUAAUGUCAUCUCUCUGGUUGUUCUACUCAACAUGUUAAUAGCUAUGAUGAAUAAUUCUUACCAACUGAUUGCUGACCAUGCAGAUAUAGAAUGGAAAUUUGCACGAACAAAGCUUUGGAUGAGUUAUUUUGAAGAAGGAGGUACUCUGCCUACUCCCUUCAAUGUCAUCCCAAGCCCCAAGUCUCUCUGGUACCUGAUCAAAUGGAUCUGGACACACUUGUGCAAGAAAAAGAUGAGGAGAAAGCCAGAAAGUUUUGGAACAAUAGGGAGGCGAGCUGCUGAUAAUUUAAGAAGACAUCACCAAUACCAAGAAGUUAUGAGGAACCUUGUGAAGCGAUACGUUGCUGCAAUGAUCAGAGAUGCUAAAACUGAAGAAGGCCUGACUGAAGAGAACUUUAAGGAACUAAAGCAAGACAUUUCCAGUUUCCGCUUUGAAGUUCUGGGAUUACUAAGAGGAAGCAAACUUUCCACAAUACAAUCUGCAAAUGCCUCGAAGGAGUCUUCAAAUUCGGCAGACUCGGAUGAAAAGAGUGACAACGAAGGUAAUAGCAAGGACAAGAAAAAGAAUUUCAGCCUUUUUGAUUUAACCACCCUGAUUCAUCCGAGAUCAGCAGCAAUUGCCUCUGAAAGACAUAACAUAAGCAAUGGCUCUGCCCUGGUGGUGCAGGAGCCACACAGGGAGAAGCAGAGAAAAGUGAAUUUUGUGACCGAUAUCAAAAACCUUGGGUUAUUUCAUAGACGAUCAAAACAAAAUGCUGCUGAGCAAAAUGCAAACCAAAUCUUCUCUGUUUCAGAAGAAGUUGCUCGUCAACAGGCUGCAGGACCACUUGAGAGAAAUAUUCAACUGGAAUCUCGAGGAUUAGCUUCACGGGGUGACCUGAGCAUUCCUGGUCUCAGUGAACAGUGUGUGUUAGUAGACCAUAGAGAAAGGAAUACGGACACACUGGGGUUACAGGUAGGCAAGAGAGUGUGUCCAUUCAAGUCAGAGAAGGUGGUGGUGGAGGACACGGUUCCUAUAAUACCAAAGGAGAAACAUGCAAAAGAAGAGGACUCUAGUAUAGACUAUGAUCUAAACCUCCCAGACACAGUCACCCACGAAGAUUAUGUGACGACAAGAUUGUGAUACUUGAAGGAGGAAGCGUUUACCAUACACAUAUGUAUUUUCUGUAGUGCUCUGGAUGAGGGAAAAUGUUUAAAAUUAAAUUAGCAAAUGCUAACUUACACUUUAUCAAUUGUGGCAUAUUAACCUGUAACAUGUUUAAAUAAGGCAAAGGCAAUCAAAAACCUUUUUGUUUCGUAGCCUGCUUUUGCUUUCACAAUUUGUUUUACAAUUGUUUUUGUUAAUAAAUAAACACACCUUGUAUUCUUGUACUGUUGCAAUAA